AUGCAGCCCGAGCUGAGCGAGACGCCGGACCGGAGGGUCUUCCUCUUCAAGAAGGGCCAGUCUGCCGGCCGCAAGGAGAUGAAAUGGCUGCUCGGGGGCAAGGGCGCCAACCUCUGCGAGAUGGCGCGCGUGGGCCUCAACGUCCCGCCGGGCCUGACGAUCUCCACGGAGGUCUGCGAGCAGUUCCACGACUGCGGCGGCGCUUUGCCGGAGGGGCUGUGGGAUGAGAUCAUGGAGGCGCUGAAGGAGGUGGAGGAGGCGCGCGGCCAGAAGUUCGGGGAUGUGGACAACCCGCUGUGCGUGUCCAUCCGCUCUGGCGCUGCGAUUUCCAUGCCUGGGAUGAUGGACACCGUGCUGAACGUUGGCUGCAACGACGAGACGGUGAAGACCAUCGCCGCGAAGUCCGGCGAGCGCUUCGCCUACGACUGCUACCGCCGCCUGCUGUCCAUGUUCGCGGACGUGGUGCUGGGCCUGCCGCACGCCGAGUUCGAGGAGAAGAUCCAGGCCAGGAAGGAGGCGCGGGGCGCCAAGUUCGACGUGGAGCUCACGGCGGAGGACCUUAAGGGCCUCGUGGAGGACUACAAGGGGGUGUUCGCCAAGCACAACAAGGAGCUGCCGCAGGACCCCUUUGAGCAGAUGAGGAUGGGCAUCAACGCCGUGUUCGGGUCUUGGGACACACCUCGUGCCGUCAAGUACCGCGAAAUCAACGGCAUCACGGGACUUAAGGGUACUGCAGUCAACAUCCAGUCCAUGGUGUACGGCAACUACAACGACAAUUCUGGCACUGGCGUGUGCUUCACGCGGAACCCCGCCACCGGUGACAAGAAGUUCUUUGGGGAGUACCUUCAGAAUGCCCAGGGAGAAGACGUUGUGGCUGGCAUUCGCACACCCCUUCCCAUAGCCCAGCUGCAGGAGAACUUCCCCAAGGUGUACGAGGAGCUGGUGGAGACCAAGGACCUGCUGGAGAGGUACAUGAAGGACAUGCAGGACAUCGAGUUCACUGUCCAGGAUGGCGAGCUGUUCAUGCUGCAGACCCGCAAUGGCAAGCGGACAGGCCAGGCUGCCCUCAACAUAGCCUGCGACCUGGUUGCUGAGGAGCUGAUCGAUGAGACCAAGGCAGUGUGCAUGGUGGAGCCCACGCACCUGGACCAGCUGCUGCACCCGCAGUUCGAAGACCCCAGUGGUUACAAAGACAAAGUGUUCGCCCAUGGUCUGGCCGCAUCGCCAGGUGCCGCCAUCGGCCAGGCAGUGUUUACCGCUGAGGAUGCCGAAGCCGCCAAAGAGGGAGGGCGCCAGGUUAUCCUCAUCCGGCAAGAGACCAGCCCUGAGGACGUGGGAGGCAUGCACGCUGCCGAGGGCAUCCUGACCUGCCGUGGAGGCAUGACUUCGCACGCGGCUGUUGUCGCCCGUGGUUGGGGCAAGCCCUGCGUGUGUGGCUGCGAGGCCCUGAAGAUCAGUGCCACUGACAAGACUCUGAAGGUGGACAAUGACGGCACUGCGAUCGUCAUCAAUGAGGGCGACUGGCUCAGCCUGAAUGGCAGCACUGGGGAAGUCAUCCUUGGCAAGCAGGCAGUGAAGAAGCCUGCUCUGGAGGGCAACUUGGGCACCUUCAUGGCAUGGGUGGACAAGUACAGGACUCUUGGUGUCCUUACGAACGCCGACACCCCCGAGGACGCCAAGAUCGCAAGGGACAACGGUGCUGAGGGCAUCGGCUUGGUCCGCACUGAGCACAUGUUCUUCAGCUCACCCGAGCGCAUCGCUGCUGUGCGACGGAUGAUUGCAGCCAUGGAGCUCAAUGCACCCGGAAAGGAUGAGGCGCUCGAGGAGCUGAAGGGGUACCAGAAGCAGGACUUCGAGGGGAUCUUUGAGGCCAUGGACGGUCUCCCCGUGACCAUCCGGCUGCUGGACCCUCCCCUGCACGAGUUCCUUCCCAAGGAGGGCUCACCACUUGAGAUGUUGUGCAACCAGCUUGCAGGGGAGCUGCACAUCACCUCCCAGGACGUCAAGGGCCGGCUGGAGGGCCUGGGCGAGGCCAACCCGAUGAUGGGCUUCAGGGGGUGCCGGCUGGGGAUCAUACACCCUGAGAUCACGGCCAUCCAGGUGGCCGCCAUUCUGGAGGCUGCGGCUACCGUGGGAGCCAAGGGCGUCUGCGCGCACCCUCACAUCAUGGUGCCCCUGGUCGGCGCACAGCAGGAGCUGGAGGCGCAGGCCAAGGUCAUCAGGAGGGUCGCCAAGGAGGUGUCCGCCAAGAUGGGCGCCGCCGUGGAGUACAAGGUGGGCACGAUGAUCGAGAUCCCGCGCGGCGCCUUGCAGGCCCACAAGCUGGCCCAGACCGCGGAGUUCUUCUCCUUCGGCACCAACGACCUGACCCAGAUGACCUUCGGCUACAGCCGCGACGACGCGGAAUCCAAGUUCCUGCCGCGCUACGUCAAGGACGGCAUCCUGGCGGCACACCCCUUCAAGGAAAUCGACACCGAGGGCGUGGGCGAGCUCAUCAAGCUGGCCGUUGAGCGCGGCCGCAGCACGCGCCCGGACAUUGAGCUGGGCAUCUGCGGCGAGCACGGCGGCGACCCUGCGUCCGUGGCCUUCUUCCACAAGGCCGGGCUCAAGUACGUGUCCUGCUCGCCGCUGCGGGUGCCGAUCGCACGCCUGGCCGCGGCGCAGGCCGCCAUCAAGGCGGCAGCCUGA